GUGGGAAAUUAUGUAUAACUAAUAUUAUGAUUUUCAUGAAAAAGGAUAUCAAUAGAUGUAAAUAUUUUCAAUUUAAGGAAUGCAGUGGAGGUGGGUCAUAUGAUUAAGAAGGAUAUUAGAAAAAGAUAGGAAAAUGGAUAGAAUUAGAUUAAGAGUUUAAAUAUGAAAAAUAGGUUACUUAUAAUGGUGAAUACAAUAUGAAUGGUAUGAAAAUAAACAGAUGGCAUAUCUGGUUUACUUGUGAUGGAUAUUAAUAAAGGUAAAAUUAUUUAAGUAAUAGGGAUCAUCUAGUUUUGGUGGAUCAUAUGAUUAAGAAGGAAAUUAGAAAAAAAUCGGAAGGUGGGUAGAAUUAGAUGAAGUAUUUGAUUAUAAUAAGUAAAUCAUUUAUCAUGGUAAAUAUGACAUGAAUGGCAGUAAGGUAGGUCAUUGGGAUAUAAUGUAUUAUAAAAAUAAUGAAAAAGAAUUUAAAUUAAUGUAAACAUUACUUAAAUAUAAGGUUAUGUACAGUGGUGGCGGAUCAUAUGACUAAGAAGGAAGUUAGAAAAAGAUUGGGAAGUGGGUAGAAUU